CAUAAAAUGAUGACGUAUAUUGCAACGAAGGGGUUAUGUUCUGUUUGUUUGAGCGGAAUUCUUUUGGAUAAGAUAAGGAUGCUAGCUAGUGAUGUUAUUGAAAAGCUCUAUAUUUUUGUGGCAGACCAUUGAAGAUAAUCUGCAAAAGCACAGGACAAUUGAAUUUUCAACACCAGGAUCUGUUACAGAAAAGAAUUUUGCACGUCUUUCCUUAUUUUAAUCUGCUUAUAUUUGGCUACCUUAUUGCUGCUAGUCAUACUGAAAGAAGAUGUCAUUCUCAGCAACCAUCAAAUCUGAACCCCCAGAUAGAGGGUACGAAAGUGCAGAGGCGGCCAUGACAGUGGUACCUGUAGACCAGGUAGGAGGAAUUCCUCGCAUCAAAACUGAACCAGAGACACUGCUGCCCUUUGCUGGCAGCCAAGCACCAUGGCCAAGUCUAGAACAGUACCAGGCCAGGUAUUUGACUGAAAAUGUACCAUUGUCAAAGUCAAAACAGACAAAGACCUAUAGCAACACCACAACAUUGACAACGAGGAAGAGAAUAUUAGAACCAGAUUCCUCUGCAACAGCACUUGCCAAAAAGAAGAGUCAUGAAGUGGAUCCCCAGCAGUGCACCCCUAAAAACGUCCAUAAACACACUGCACCUGCAAGCAAAACGGCGUUUAAGUGCUCAUUUUGUGGUUUUGACUCUGCAGGCUGGGAAGAGGCCUACCUGCAUGCAGCUGGGUGUGCUGCACGUAAAGAAAAGGAAGGAACAACUGGCCCAUUUCCUUGCAAGACAUGUGAUUCGAAAUUUAAAGAAUGGGAAGAACUUGUUCAACACGCUUCCAACUGUAUGUCUUCUAAGGCUUUCACUUGCAUAUUUUGUAGCAAGACAGUGAUAGGGGCUGAGGAAUUAAGAAAGCACACAGAAGUUUGCUCUAAGUCUCCUAAUGUUUCACAACCUUCUACUUCCAAAGAGCCCACAAUAAGAAGUCAAUACACAUGUCAGAUUUGCAAGUUGACCUUCCGAAGAGAAGAUCACCUGAAGGAACACACAAAACAUUGUAUUCCUUUGAAGUUAGCAAGGUCACAGUUUCCUUGCACUUACUGUAAACUGACAUUUGGCAAAGAGGAGCACCUGAGACAACACACCAGGUUCUGCACCAAGGUGCGCAAACUUUUCCCCCUAGGGAGUUUUUCUGGCCAAAAAGCAAACUCAAGGAGAGGGCUGGCAUGUUCUUAUUGUAAUUCUUCAUUUGACACUUGGGAUGCUAUGUUAGAACACUCUCAAACUUGUGAAGUGAAACUAUGUGCUGAAGAAGGUCGUAAACAAGCUGAAAAAGCUAAAUCUGCAAAGAGAAAAAAAGCUGUUGACCCUAUUGUCUUUCCAUGUCACAUUUGCCAUGCCAAGUUUGACACCUGGAAUGGAAAGUUAAAGCAUAUGCCUAUAUGUAAAAGUAAAAAGAAGGUGUUGUUUAAGUGUUCUUAUUGUGGGACCUUCAUAGAAAAAGAAGAUGCUCUUAAGAAGCAUGUUUUUAAUUGCGCAGCUAAACAUGGAGUGAAACUGUCAGUGCCAUCACAGGCCUCUGAGGUUGAAACACAAAAUGGGAAAGUAAAUGAUAGUAUGAGAGAGACUGAAACACAGAAAAAGGGAAAGGCAGGAAGAAAAGAUGAAAGUCCUGUGACAAAUAAACGGGGUGAGAAGCUAACCUCAGGACCAUCUAAAGAAAAAAAUGAUAAAAAGGCAACCUUAGAUACACCACAUGUAGCAAGGAAAAGUGCAGUUACAGCAAAGGCAUCUCAACCAGAUAGUAAGACAACUGCACCUACUGGAAACAUUGCCACUAGCAAAGGACAAAGAAAAGAUCCGGAAGUAGAGGUGGAUGUGAUUGUCAGGAUGACUGGAAACUUCACAAAGAAGGAGGCGUUGUCUGGAUUGAAGGCUCAAGAAAUGCAUUUAGAGACUAGCAGUUUGAAAACUCGUACCAGAAAAAUUGAAUAUGUAGGAUCUCCAGAUAAGAAAGAUCAGAUUACACCCAGUUUAGAAAACGUGAAUGCCACACCCUCCAUUUCUAAAUUGUCUUUAAAAAGAAAACAGGUCGACAUAGAAUCAUCAAGCACUGAGGAGAGUUCAAAGAAGAGAAAAAAGACUUCAACUUCCACUAAGGAAAAAGAGUCGGAUACCACAGGAAAUGUUAACCAGAUGCAGCCUGUAGUUUUAGUGCCUAAAAUACCAUUAUCAUAUAAAGGUGUCCAAGAAGAGGACUCAGGCAAUGAGGGCACUCCAGCAAUUAAGAAAAAAGAAAUCCAAAUUCCAAAGGGAGGACAAAAGAAAGAAAAUGACAGUGAGUGUGGAACGGAAAAAUCUGUCACAAAUCAUGCUGAAAAUGAAAUCCCCCGACAAGGUAGGAGCACAAGUAAGAGGCGAACAGCCAAAGUAUGCAGUCCACAGAGUUUGGCCUUAAAACAAAAAACUGACAAAAAGGGUUCCAGAAACAAGCCAAAUUCCUGUAGGUCCACUGACUCUAAGGUGACUAAUCCAGAUACAUCAACAAGAAGUGAAGAUGAAAGGACAAAUGAUUUUCAAGUAGAUCACCUCCAAGCUUUGGAUCUUAUGCCUACCAAUUUGAGAAGAAGGCAAAGUAGAAAAAGUUUACUGAAGAACAAAGAUGCAAGUGAGGAAGAAUCAGAUCUGGAGAAAUCAGUAAAUGAGACACCUGCCUCAAAGGCCAAAGAAGAAAGUCGGACAUCUAAAAAGGAAGUCACUGAUUCUAUUGCUGGUCGUGUUCGUAACAAAACUAGUCAAAGAAAAAGAAUAAACAUACAAAAUUCCAGCUUAAAAGUUUUUGAAAAAGAUAAGGUAAAAAAGUCUCCAGUUUUUCAUAAAAGGUCAGAUACUCAUCUCCAAACAGUUUAUCAUAAGAUAUUCCAUGAAAAACAUUAUCGACAUAAGCAUUCCAGAUCUAAUCUACCAAGAAAGUCGUACCCAGUUAAUUUUUCUCCACCUCUGAAAGGAUCAUUUGGUUGUCAUUUUUGCAAUGCAAGAUUCAAUGUUUGGGAUGAUGUUGAGAAACAUGUCAGGCUCUGUAAAAGAGGACUGGAAAAAAGCAUAAAAAACCAAACUGAACACAGGAUCGGCAGAGGCCCCUCUGUAGGUCCUUCAGAAUCUUUGAAACUUGGAUGUAAAUUCUGUGGGAAGAAAUUUGAUGAAUGGAACAGUGUACAGGAACACGUGAAAACUUGUGUUGCCCGAGAUCCAGGUAAAACUACAUAUGUUACCCACGUGAGAAAAUUUCAUAAAUCUACGACAGUGCAAAGUUCUCCUCAGCCUGUCUUACAGAAAGUGGCUAAAGGGGGGCAAUUACUAUCUGGUAAGCAAAGUAUGACAAUGGGGACACCAGAUGAGCAGCAGAGAGGCAGUGUGUCACACUCUGGCAAUGAAGAACAUGUGGCCAUCAAACGAGAACCAUUAGAUGCUGCUGGCUACUAUGGUGAUAUGGCCAUGCAGUACCUUGAAAACUACAGCAUCCUGGACUUCCCAGACUUACCACAGGAGCACAGCACACCAACCACAUCUGUGGCACCUGAUCAAACUGGGGAAGUAGUAUUUCCAGGGUAUACUAUAACUGAGCUUGACCAGCCAGGUACCUCAACAAAAACUGAGGAAGCCAGUGGGCUUCACAUUGAAGGUGAAAGACAUAUUAGUGAACAGGAAUUUUCAAGCCUCUCAGCUGACUCUGAGGCAGAAUCUGUUCAAAAUACAAAUACUGGGACCAUUCAGAAAAACCAAGAAACUAAUCAGGUAGAUGCAGGUGUAAGUACCCAAGUUAAGGAAGAACCGAAAGAUGCCAUUGGCUCCUUUGAAUGUGCAUUCUGUCAUUCUAGAAUUCUUUGUGUCAGUUGGGAUGAUGUGAAGAAGCAUACUACUGAGUGUAUGCCUCAGAAGUAACUUUCUAACAUUACAGCUCUUAAAAUGUACAGAUUUUAUGUUUGUUCUUUUAUCAUUGUUUCUCGAACAUUUCAUUUGAAAUAAUUGGAAUUUACUGUCACAGUGAGUAGAAUAUGUUAAAAUGGGAUCGGAUCAGUCUGCAAUUUUCAAUAUUGUGUUUGAUGCAGUGUAGGGAUACAUUAAGUAUGAAUUACUUUUCUAUAAGUAUUAACACCACAAAGAGCUAUUAUCUAAUUUUAACUUGUAAUUAGUUGAUGAACUGCUGAAGAUCAUAUAUUUGUGGUUAAUUUUGUGUUUGUUUUACUAUCUAGGUAUAAGAUUUAUAUGAGUAAUCAAUAUCAUCCGUCAUGCCUAGCACAGCUAGAUUUUUAGAUUAUAAAUAUUUAGUUAUGCAUUUCGCAAUUGCAUUACUUGUGUAGGUGGUUUAGAUGACAUGUUCCUGAUGUUACAGGUAGCUGUACUUUGUGCUAAUGUUAUGACGACAGAUUUGUUUCUUGUACAUAUAUUGUAUAGUUGUAUUAACAAAAUUCUUCUUGUUUCUUUUUCCUCUUUUUGUUCACAUAUUAUUGAUACAGUCAGUUGUUUUUUGACGCAGAUUGAAAAGUUGGGAGAUGACAUGUUAAAUCUUAUUCUAAACAAAUUCUCAAUGGUAAUAAAUAAAAUAAACUGACUGCUGUGUCCUAUAUCAGUUUCCAGAACCAUAGAAAGAAAUGAUAAUUCUGUGAUUUGUGUUUGACAAGCCUGUAAAUAUUUAGUUGUUUCAUUUGAUGUGAAAGCCCUGUAUCAUAUGUAUAAUUUUGUAAGCCUCUGUACUUGUAAGCCAUAGCUGGAAUGUAGAGUUCUCGAAGGUCAGACAAAAUUGAUCAAACGAUUAAGAGGAGUGGCGACUCUGUAACCGGGAUCAGUAAACAAAAUUUGUUUUUUUUAAAACAUGUUUAAUGGGCAUGACAGCCUUUAGGGUUUUAUUUCCAAGGGUGAUGUGUCAAACCCACAGUGUGAGCGAUUUUAGGCAUAUAAUAGCACUAAGGUUAUUUUGUGGAUCAAUUGUACAUUAUCCCGCUUGACAAACCGAUGC